GAGUUUUGCUUCCGAGUCAACUAUGAAACGCUCAUUUCAGGCACAUUUUAACCGGUAAAACACGUGAUUUAAUAGACGGCAGAAAACUCGCUUUUAGUUCUUCAGACGGAUUCAGCGUGAGAUGGUUUCGGUUUUAUAAGGAUCGGUGGGUUGUGAAGUUAAUUCGACCGUAAGCAGCUAGAAGUGUUCGUCACCACUGCCCAGCUCAGGCAGAGGGGAUUAAGGCUUGGAAGGAGACACGAGAGGCUUCUGCUCUUCUUAAUCUGCAUCGGUAAAGAGACAACGGCAACAACAGCCACGCUAGUGCGGGACCCAGUCGGACCGGAGAGGUCUCCGGCACCAAUGUGAACUCCCCGAGUCACACAGAAGAUUACAAAAUCAAAAAAUAUUUUCCUCUUUUUUGGUAAUCAGCGCCGUCACGCAUGCCGGGAUGGACCUGGGCAAAGCGAAGCUGCUCCGGACGGGCCUCAACACUCUGCACCGGGCCGUCCACCCCGUGCACGGGAUCGCGUGGACGGACGGCAAGCAGGUGUGCCUCACCUCCCUCUUCCUCGUGGGCGGCGAGGCCAACUUCGGGGACACGAACGUCAUCGGGCAGUUCGACCACGUGCUCGGCCUCUCCUGGGGCCCGCCGUGCGGCCCGGGCUCCCCGGCGCUGCUCGCCGUGCAGCACGAGAAGCACGUGACCGUGUGGCAGCUGCAGCUCAGCGCGCUGGAGCGGAACAAGCUGCUGUGCACUCAGACCUGCGAGGCGAGCGAGCCGCUCCCCCUGCUGCCCCAGGGCUGCGUCUGGCACCCCGAGCUGGACAUCCUGGCGGUGCUGACCAAGAAGGACGCGUCGCUGCUCUUCUCCGUGCGCGUGGACAACAGGCGGGUCCGAGCGGCCGUCGAGGGCGCCGGACCGAUCCACUGCGCCUGCUGGACGAAGGACGGCGCGCGCCUGGUGGUGGCCGCCGGGAGCUCCCUGCUCUCGUACGUCUGGAACGACGCCCAGAAGAGCCUGGCGGCCUGCUCCUUCUGCCCCGUCUUCGACGUGGGGGGCUACGUCUGCGCCAUCGAGGCCACGGGGGGGGCGCAGGUCGCCGUGGCCACGGAGCUGCCUCUGGACAAGCUCUGCGGGCUGAACGCCGGCAUGGCGUUCGACGUGGCGUCGGCGCCCCAGUCCCCGCAGGGCUCGGGCUCCCCGUCGGAAGAAGACGACUUUCUGGAUUCGCGACGGAGAUCUUUCGAGUGCGAGAGCUCCUCCGUCCCCGGCUCGGGCCCCGUGGACCUCACCCACCUGCUGGCGGGGCCCCGCCGCUCCGACCCCAGCCCCCUGCUCCACCUGCGCCGCCGGGACACGGUGACGGGCUCGGGCCGGGACGCCUCGCACCUCGUCCUGGUCACCUACGAGCGCACAGUCACCACCAGCCGCAAGGUCAGCAUCCCCGGCAUCCUGGUCCCGGACGUGGUGGCGUUCGACCCGCGCGGCGCCGCGGUGGCGGUGGCCUCCAACAGCUGCAACGCGGUGCUGGUGUACCGCAUCACGGCGGCCGCCGUGCCCAACGUGCAGCAGAUCUGGCUGGCGGCGGGCGAGCGGCCCAAAGGCGUCUGCUUCCUCACCGACCGGCUGCUGCUGCUGAUGGUGGGCCGGCAGAAGUCCAACGACCCCGCCUUCCUCCCGGCGUCCAACGCGGACACGUUCGUCCUCCGCCUGGUCGCCAAGGAGCUGCUGCCCGACGGAGACGCUCCGGCCGCUCGCGUCGGGAGGCGCUCGGAGCUCCUGUCGAGAGACGAGCGGGAGCGCCCGGGGGCGACGGACCUGAAGGACCUGGUGUUGCCGGGCGGGGGGGUCGUCCGCUCCGCCGGGCCCAACCGGCGCCGGCUGGUGGAGGAGUUGAGGAGCGGCGAGCCCAGCCCCGUGGACUUCUUCGAGCGAGCGCCGUCCGCCGCCUCCUCCUCCGUCACGGUGGAGAGCUUCGACACGGACCACGUCCGCCGCGUGAGCUGCCCGGCGGCGGCCGGCUCCCCUCGCCGCGAGCCGUCGGACGGGCGCCACGCGGAGCCACCGGCGCCGCCGGGCCUCCAAGCCAGGGAGCGCGGGCUGGAGCAGCUGGUCCUCAACAUGGAGCGGCUGUUCUCGCGCUUCGCCGACGUGCAGCAGUGCCUGGCCGACAUCAGAGACUACAACCAGAACGGCAAGAAGGCCCAGAGCGGCUACCCGGGCGCCGCCGACCCGCCCUACGUCAACGUCACCUGUCAGAAGCAGUUGUCGGAGAACGUGUUCAUCGACGAGCGGAGGCCGGUGCUGCUGUGUGACGGGAAGCUGUGUCUGCGCAUCCUUCAGGAACUCUUCAGCCUCACGAUUGUGGAGAUGAUGUCUGGUCCGCUGUGGGUGGUGCUCGUGGCCGACGGAGACGGCUUCGUGCCCCUGGCGUUCAAGCCCAAAGAGGAGCUCACGCUGCGCAACGGGAAGAGGAAAAACACCCUGCGGACCCCCGGGAGUCCGGAGAACGCUGUCCCGUCCAGUCCGGGUCGCGGCCAGAGCCCCAACGUGACCGCAGAGUUCUCCACAUAGUGCCACGCCAGACUUCCCCCCCGCUGAAACGUCUGGAUUCUCAUCUUUUGUGCUGUCGCUUAUCACUCAAAGGAAUGCGCGGCACGCAGGUUCGAUUCCACAUUGCCGGGCAACGCUCUGGGUCGUGUAAAAUAAUAUACAAAAUGUUCAUAUAUGAAUGCAGUUGAAGCACUUUUUUCUUCCACAUUUGAAAUGCCACCAAGUUCAGUGACACAACUGACCACUAGAGGGAGCAAGACUCAACAGAAACGUCCCUUCAUUUCAAUAGUGUCAAUCAGACCAAAUACGUGUGAACGUAUGUUUUAUAUUAUAUUUAUAUAUAAACAUAUAUAUUAAUGUAUAUAUAUAUUUUUUAAUCUUAUUUAUAUGUGUGUAUAUUAUAUAAAUAUGAUAUAUAUUUAUAUAAUAUAUAUAUUUAUAAAUAUAUCUUUAUAUAUAAAUAUAUUUUAUGUUUGGAAUAUAAUAUAUAUUUCAUAUUAUUUAUAUAUAUAUAUAUAUAUUUUGUUUGCGUUUAUAUAUUAAAUAUGCAGAACUAGUGUGCACUCCUUUUUGUGUGUGGCUUUUUUUUGUCCUCCGGUAAAGAAACACAACGCCCUCGUUUAUUUAUUCUACAACGUUUAUUCAUCAUCCCUCAAUAUUCACAAAUCAUAAAUAAAUAAUGGAGCUAAAAACACGGCAAAUAUAUAGUAUACAUUCAUUUGUAUAAACUAGGUAAUCUUAUUAUAUAUCUAUAUAUCUAUAUCUGAGAUGGCUGUACAGUAACAUGAAAACCAAAGAGUUAAAACAGUUUGUAACUAUUUAUCAGUGUAAUAUACACCAAUGGCCGACUGUCCAGCGGAGGUCACUUCCUUCAAGGUCGAGGAGGUCACGCAGUCACGUCCUCCAUUGUUCUGGAGCUGAUGCUUUGUUUCCUGUGGAGACGCCAACGAGCCGCAUUAGUUGUUUGAUUGAUUAUGAUGAAGAACAUGCAUAUUAAAUGAAUAUAAACUACCCAACGGUGCAGGAAUUAGUUAAAAUAAACACGACUAAAUAUAAUAUUUACGAAUUUCUUGCAUGUUACUGUUUCUUUAAGAGUGAUCCCGAAAUGAAGUACUCGUAUUUUGACAUUUUGCAUAAUAUUUUGACUCCAUUUCACUCUGAAUACUUCUGAUCUAAAAGUCUCAUUUUGAAUACGAGACUUCAACAAUGCUAAUACUAAUAUAAUUAAAUAUAUUUAUGUUUGUGGUAUUGCUUGUUUAUCUUAACCAAGUAAUCUGAUUACUUCCUGCAGCGCCGAUCAAUAUUAAUGAAAUGCUUGUCGCGUUGUCGGCCGUGAUGGCUGAUGCAAUGCCAUCUUUCAUCGGACCCUUUACUGCCUCAAGAGUGCCCACUUUUUCUCCCCCUUAGAUAUCGAGCUCCUCCUACAAUUCCCAGAAUGCAAUGCAAUAACAUCUUUCAUCAGCCCCAAGACAAACUUUCUUUCUGAUGACGUCAUCGUGACGAGUCCUUCCUGACGGAGUUAAGGCUGCAAAGGAACUGUGUGUUGUUGUUUUUCUUUUUUUGGUUGUUUUUUUAGAUAUUGAGCUCCUACAAUUCCCAGAAUGCAAUGCAACGGCAUCUUGCAUCGGACCCUUUACUGCCUCACGAGUGCCUGUUGUAGAUUUUAAACUUUCUUUCUGAUGACGUCAUCGUGACGGGUCCAUCCUGACGGAGUUAAAGGCUGUGAAGGAACUGUGUUUGUUUGUUUGUUUUUUGUUGAGAUAUCGAGCUCCUACAAUUCCCAGAAUGCAAUGCAAUAACAUCUUUAAUCAGACCCAAGACAAACUUUCUUUCUGAUGACAUCAUCGUGAUGGGUCCUUCCUGACGGAGUUAAAGGCUGCGAAGGAACCGUGUGUUGUUUUUAUUUUUUAUUUUUAGAUAUCAAGCUCUGACAAUUCCCAGAAUGCAAUGCAACGGCAUCUUGCAUCGGACCCUUUACUGCCUCACAAGUGCCUGUUGUAGAUUUUAAACUUUCUUUCUGAUGACGUCAUCGUGACGGUCCAUCCUGACAGAGUUAAAGGCUGCGAAGGAACUGUGUUUGUUUGUUUGAUAUCAAGCUCCUACAAUUCCCAGAAUGCAAUGCAAUGGCAUCUUUCAUCGGACCCUUUACUGCCUGCACUUUUCUUCCUGUUGUAGAUUUUUAACUUUCUUUCUGAUGACGUCAUCGUGACAUGGAGCCUCUGCGGAGUAAAAGGCUGCGAAGGAA